CCGAGCUGUCAGAACGGGUCCUUUUGCGGAGAGAGUUUAAACGCUCAACCGGUGUCCUGCACUGAGUGAUUUAACACAUAAUGUUUAUCCCUGGGCCGGUUUUGAUCGGCUGUGCUCAGUAUAUGUAAAUGGGAGCAGCCCGUAAGGUAAUGAAGAGUAACUACAGGGUUAAGCCGUAUUUCAAAUGCAUAUAUUUGAAACAUAUUUGCAUGUAUGGAUUUCAAACAUGAUAUGUAUUUUACUCUGUGGCUUACGCCUUUGUGUCACCAACAAAGCAGCCUACCGGCAUCUGUGCAGUGAUUGUAGUAUAGAGCUACAUUUAUUAUUUCUGAAGUUUUCAACGUUUUUUUUACAGGAAACACUUGAGCGUACUUUUGCCGGUUGCACCGCACUUCCUGGUUUUUCAUUUGUAGUUAUUCUUUGAGUAGAAAGAGGAAGUGAGCUUGAGUAACCUGGAGUCAGAGCGAUGGUAAACACUGUCAUACAACGAGACCAAAGAUAAAGCAUUUAAUUCAAGAUAAACACCUUGUUCAGGGAUAGAAUGGCAACGGGUCCUUGUGGAUAUUAAAGUUACAAUCUCGAAGAUUUCCGUUCCGUUCUCUUUGGCGGUACCAAUGGCGAGAAGCGGUAAUUGCAGAAAGUAGUGUUAGGAUGUAUGCCCUGCAGAACUUCUUUCUAUUGGUCCUCGGGAUCAUUAGCCACGCCUCCUCCCAUCUCAACCUGACUCUGAAUGGUCAGUGGAAGGACUGGAAGGACCUUCACAAUAAAGAGUAUGGCAGCCAGGAGGAGGAGGAGCAGCGCAGGUCAGUCUGGGAGAAGAACACGCUGCUGAUCGAGGCCCACAACCUGGAGUAUGAGCAGGGCAUGCACUCCUAUCAGCUGGGCAUGAACCACAUGGGAGACAUGACCGCUGAGGAAGUGGCUGAGAAGAUGACCGGUCUGGUGGUUCCUCAGGCCAGGGAGACCAACAACACCUUCGCUCUCGAUGACAUCCCCACAAAACUGCCCAAUACCAUCGAUUACCGCAUACUUGGCUUCGUCACGCCGGUCAUAAAUCAGGGCUCCUGCCUUUCCUGUUGGGCCAUCAGCGCCGCGGGGGCUCUGGAGGGUCAGCUAAUGAGGAGCCGGAGGAAGCUGGUGCCCCUCAGCCCCCAGAACCUGGUGGACUGCGUCAGGAGCAACUACGGCUGCAAGGGCGGCUACAUGACCAAUGCCUACAAGUACACAUUGAAGAAAGGCAUCAGCUCUGAGGGGAAAUAUCCCUACAUGGGCGUGGAGCAGAAGUGUACCUUUGACAGAUCAGACAGGGUGGCCCAGAUCUGGUACUUUAUGGAGCUCCCUGCGGGGAACGAGCGUUUCUUGCAGGCAGUCGUGGCCGUGCGUGGGCCCGUUUCCGUGGGGAUCCAAGCCAGAUCCCCAAACUUUACCUUCUACAAGAGCGGUGUUUACUACGACCCCGAGUGUAGCGGGGAGUACCUGAACCACGCCGUGCUGGUGGUCGGCUACGGCGUCACUCCCACCUGCAAGAAGUUCUGGAUCGUUAAGAACAGCUGGGGGCAAGCAUGGGGCGAUAGAGGUUAUAUUUUGAUGGCCCGGAACAGCAGAAACCUCUGUGGAAUCGCCAACCUGGCCAGCAUCCCCAUCAUGUGACCAGCAGGGGGCGCAAAGAGUCCGAAAAGUGGAAAUAUAGCUCUAAUCUGAGCAUGACCUGUGUGCCUGUGCCUGUGUGUGUGUAUGUGUGUUUGUAUGUGGUUAUGUGUGGGCGUGUGUGUGCCCCGUGCGCGUGUGUGCGCCCGCAUGCCCGCGUGUGUGUGUGUGUGUGUGAGACGUUGUGUGGUUAUGUGUGUACACGUGUCUGUGUGUGCAUUAUGAGGGAAGAUUAUUAAGACUGUCCACAACUCUCUUUCAACUUUCCUCACAUUAGCCAGCUAAUAUAACAGCAUUUUCAUCUUCUGGGGUUCAUUUUUUUGUUUGUUGAUCUUGGAUCAGCGGUUGGGGGUAAAAUAAAAGAGCCUAGUUUAUCCAGUGCCACACCUCUUCUUUCAUGCAAUGGACAGUGAAAGUGAUCAUACCAUCUCUGCAGCUGUCAAACACACAGAUGGCAGUGAACACACACUUGUGGAUUUACAAAUCUUUUCAAAAAGGAAAGAAAAUGUGAAGAAGAAAGUGUUGAUUGAUUCUGCUUGGAGUGCUGGGCAGGUUAUUCAGGUACUGAGACACCUGAGCCAAUCACAAAGCUUAGUUUCUGUACUGAUGGCUGCCUUUGCCAACAUUUGCAUAGAAAUGGGUGGAGCUUGUGUUUGUAUGAGAAACAACACACUUGUAUUGAAACAUGGUUUCAUCUGACCUAACAUGUAUUACUCCUGUAUUUAAUCCUGUAUUACUCUAGGCCAAUGGCCAAGAUGAAGUUGCCUACAGAAUUUCACUUUGCAUUUUAAAUUAAAAUUAAAAUUUUAUAUUUACAAUCCUGAAAAGAGUCUAAAUUGUCCUAGGUAUGAGUGUGUGAGUGAAUGGUGUGUGUGCCCUGUGAUGGACAGGCGAACUGUCCUGGGUGUAUCCCUGUUAUAAACAAUAUUCUAUCUAAUACAUAAAUUAGGUCAACAUCUGCAAAUCAAUAAACUUUAAAAAUAAA